AUGGACAAUGACCUGCUUGGUCUUGGCCCAACAUCGCCGACCAACGCGCUGAGCUUCAAUUUGUGUCCGCCGCCGCGGAAGAACGAAAGUCGGGACGAGACCAUCAAGUACGAAUCCAUUAACACACUGAAGCCGAAGCUGGACGAGAACUUGUUUAGCAAUAGUAGGUUCUGCGAGUUGGGUUUUGUGUGUUUUGCAUAGAUAAUAUGUUGUUUUUUAGUUGGGCAUGGUUUUUUAAUUGAAGAAUUUAUUUUUUUGUAUUAUUAGGGUAGAGUAGAAUACGAUAGAGUAAAAUAAGAUACAGUAGGACAGAGUAUAGUAAGGUAAGAUAAAAUAGAAUAGGGCAGGGUAGGGUAGGGUCCACUUUACGUUAAAGUAGUGCACUAUAGUGUCUUUUCUAUCCAUACUUUUUUAUUUUAGACCUGGAUUUCUCAUUCGUACCAUCAGGACCAAAGAAGUACUAUGAGGGCUGUAGGGAGAUCCAUGAAGCAGACAUUCGAAACUCACUACUGGUCGAAGCAAAACGACGCAAAUAUUGGGGAACAAAAGCUGUCGAAAAGAUGGAAUUUGAGGAAAUUCAACAUUCUUGUGUUUAUCAUGUAAGUACAACAAUAUGAUUAGUUUAAAACAAAAGAACCAUUUUUUACUUUGAUUUAUAAUUUUAUACAUCAAAAGCAUCUUAUUUUAGUACAUUCUGGAAAGUUUUACGGAAACUCGCUCUACGGCCGAAGCUACAGAGCCAUAUAAUGCGAGUAGGUAUGCGGAACAACAUGGUACCGAAUCUAUUGUAACUUCACUUAACCCAGUAUCUUCUACAACGCUUGGCAACACGUCGUACGCGCUUCAGAACCCGUGGGACUAUGAAAUUAUGCCUCAAAGCGAUUUUGUUGGACAGGUAAGAGUAGAGAUUGUUGGAUAGGGUAAUGUAGGUAAUCGGUCAGGGUAGGUUAGGAAAUGUGAAUACUGGGAAUAUUAAGAUAUGCUAGUGCCGGACAUGGCAAACUAUGUUAAGGUAGAGCGGAAUACGUUAUCUUGAGGAAGGGAAUGUUAUAUCAAGGCAAAGCUGUGUGCAAUAUGGUAAGGCAAGGCAAGGGUAGGAUAUGUCAAAGCUUGAGUUCUUAUCGUAGUGUAAUUUAUAAUAGGAUAAGUAUAAUGCUAUUGCAGUAAGUAAUGUAAGAUUUUUAAAAUUUAUUACCUAAAAUCCUCAUUUUCAGACAAAAGUAAUAGAGCUCCCAUCAACCAGCAAGCUGAUUUCUUGUCAGACUUGUAAUGCUGAAGGUGUUGCUCACUGUUUCCAUUGCCGUGGCUUUGGUACUGAUAAGUGUGGGUAUUGUCGGUAAGUUAAGCUUUUUUUUUUGUAAAAUACGUUUGUACUAUAUAUAAACUUAAUAUUGUUUAUAUAUAUAUAUAUAUUUAAGUGUAUUGAUGUUUAUAUUAACAUUGUUUCAGUGGAACCGGAAUGAAAGCCGGCGUGGCUCAUCCAGCUGUAUAUACACAUCCAAUCGUCGGUACUUUUCCUAAUGUAAGUUGGUUAAACAAGCGUUACAUGUGAUAUUAUACAUGAUAUCUUACUCUCAAUGAUGUUGUCUAGUCAAGCUCAAAAAAGAUAUCAUAUCUUUACCAUCCCCUUUCCCUCCCAAUCACUAUAAUAUUUCAGCAAGACAACCGUGGCUACCCCGUAGCCGGCUCCUCGAUAGUCCGCCCUCCAAACUUUAGUGGAAACAAGCCUUAUGCAGUUGGGACACCAGUUCAUUUCAUGGCCAAAGCCGGUCUACCACCUCCAGGAAUUGGCCAUCAUGAUCUGUGCUUGUUCUGUCAAGGCAGGGGUAUUAAAGAUUGUCAUCAUUGCAAGGGUCAGGGCAAGAAAACUUGCAGUUACUGUGGUGGACAUGGCAGUGUUAGGCAGUACACCAAGUUGAAGGUGUUUUUGUAAGUUUUUUUGCGUAGCUAUUAUUAGGUUAUAGGUGGAUAAUUUACUAUUACGUUGUAUAACAAAUAAUGAGCUAUGUCUCUCAUAGCGAUAUAAAGUUCAGUAGCUCAUUACUUUUUAUACAACUUAAUAAAUACGGUUAAUGGUUACAGAAAAUGUUCGCUUUUGUUCAAAAUGUAUUAAAAAUUGGUUUUUUUUUGGAAUAAUAUCAAAAAUCAACCGUCUUUGGCAUAAAAAAUCCGUUUCUAAUAGAUAACGUCUAAAAACCGUAUGAAAAAUCAACUUUUUUGUCAUUUUCAAAGAAAUUAUGAUAGAAAAAAAGACAAAAUCAGUAUAAAAGCCUUUAUUUUCAGCGCGGUAGAGAGAUCAGACUACUUUACCCACAGCGAAGUGCCAGAAAUAUUGAUGACCCAGGCCAGCGGCGAGGUUAGUCUAAUGGAAACUCAAGGAUAUGUAAGUUAAAACAAAUUUCUAUACCUAUAAAAUGUUAAUCUGCCUAUAGAUAUAUAGGUAAGUCUAUAGUUGUAUACGUAAGCCUAUGAGUAUACAGGUAAGCCCAUAGGUACGUAGGUAUUGGAAAUCAACAAAGAUUAGCCUAAAGCCUUACCACACCUAGUUGAAUAUCUAACAGAUCAACCAGAAGCUCUAGUUUCCCUAGCUGAUCAUUGUAAGCCUAAAGAAAAAACUUUGGUUUAAGCCUAGACAAACCUUAUAACCAAUCUUUAUUUGCCUCCCCAAGACCCUACCAUUUCAGCUAAUGCCAAUCAAGAAGUUCCCAAUCAACGACAUCAACGAGAUCAGUAAAAAGUUGUUGGCCCAACAUAUGCAAAAGUCCCUGGGGGCAUGUCGUGUGAUAAAACAACGUCAAACGGUGGAGGCCGUGCCUGUAGCCAAAGUGCAUUGGAAGCUGGGUAAAAAAUCUGGUAUCUUCUACGUGUUUGGGCAAGAAAAACUGUGUUACAUACCCAAAAGUCCCACCAAGUGCUCUGUGAUGUAA